GUCCCGCAGUCGGAGGCAGCCGGCUGGGCGUGCUCUCGCUGCCAGCAGCUGGGGCUGGGCCGGGGCCGGGCGAGGGCUGGAGCCGGGUCGGGUCGGGUUCAGCGGGCGAGGGGCAGAGGUCGCAGCCGGGCAGCCAGGCCGCACCCGGCAGGGGACGGCGGGCCCUGGGUCUGCGGUCUCCGGAGCCCCGAUGUGAGGAGGCGGCGGCGCCCCUGGCCCGAGCGCGCACCAUGGGAGCCCCGCUCGCGGUGGCGCUGGGCGCCCUCCACUACCUGGCACUUUUCCUGCAACUCGGCGGCGCCACGCGGCCCGCCGGCCACGCGCCCUGGGACAACCACGUCUCCGGCCACGCCCUGUUCACAGAGACGCCCCACGACAUGACGGCGCGGACGGGCGAGGACGUGGAGAUGGCCUGCUCCUUCCGCGGCAGCGGCUCCCCCUCCUACUCGCUGGAGAUCCAGUGGUGGUACGUGCGGAGCCACAGGGACUGGACCGACAAGCAGGUGUGGGCCUCCAACCAGCAGCUAAAAGCAUCUCAGCAGGAAGACGUGGGGAAGGACGCGACCAAAAUAAGCGUGGUCAAAGUGGUGGGCAGUAACAUCUCCCACAAGCUGCGCCUGUCCCGGGUGAAGCCCACGGACGAGGGCACCUACGAGUGCCGGGUCAUCGACUUCAGCGAUGGCAAGGCCCGGCACCACAAGGUCAAGGCCUACCUGCGGGUGCAGCCCGGCGAGAACUCGGUCCUGCAUCUGCCCGAAGCCCCGCCCGCCGCGCCCGCCCCGCCGCCCCCGAAGCCGGGCAAGGAGCUGCGAAAGCGGUCGGUGGAUGAGGAGGCCUGCAGCCUCUAGACGGACGGACAGACGCUCCCCCGCCACGUGCCCGCCCACCCAUGCCCCCAGGCUGUACAGAGUGCAUGAGGAGCUGCUGGACCGUGGGGACGGGGCCGCCUGGUCCAGCCGCCUCCCCAUCCCUGAGGCCUGUGGCCACCGCGUAGGCCCUCUGACCCCUUUGCUCAGCAUGUUAGCCCCUCUCAGCCCUUCCUUUGCAGAUCCGUUACGGUGACCUGACCUGGCUCGCGGGAGGUAGCCUUGGGCACCAAGGGGACGGCUACUCCACACCUGGGGUCGGGACGCCAUGCUGGGGCAGGCUGCCCCCUUGGGCCACCAGCUUCGGUGGAGUCUAGUGUUUCGCUUUUGCUUGCUUGUCCCCCCACCCAUCCUGUCCCUAGCCAGGCCGUCCAGCCUUACUCUCCCUCCUUCCCACGAUCCCCCACUUGAGCCUGGGGAUGUGGACGGCAACCCCUCCCCGGAUUUGGACUUGAAUCUCCGAGCAGAGCUAGGGCCUCUCCCGUGGGGAAGAGGUGGGGCAAGAGCUCCCAGGAGAGCCUUGCUCUGGGGCUGGGGCCUGUUGGGGUCACUCAUAGGGGCCCUGGGAGGAAAGGGAGACACCCCGCUGCCUCUUGGUGGGUCAUUCAUGGUCAGCCUCCUUGUCCCACCCUCCAGGGCGGUGGGGGACCAGGCAUCUCUGCCCCUUCAUGGAGAAGGCCUUCUCCCUCGGACUCCAUGGCCCCGUGCAGCGUUUUGCACCAGCAGGACCCUUCUAAGGGUCUUUGAGGCUCUCCCAGGAGCCCCCUCUGCCAGCUGCCAAUGUCCCAGCCCUGUCUCUCUCUUAGGAUCCAUGCCAAGCCCACCCAAGGGCCUGGGGCUGUUGGGACCCCAGGGACCCCAGCACCAAUCCCCUCACCAUUCCUGAUCAGGGGGACACCCGCCCCCGGUGAUGUGUAAAUAUUUCUAUUGUGCCCAGCACCCCCUCAGAACUGGCUCUAACCUCUGGCCACCUCUCAGCAGUGGCAUGGGGGAUGUGGGAGAGGCCAAGGGCUUUGCCCCAGGGGUGGGAUGGGGGUUUGAGGGCGGGGGGGUAACCCUAUAUACAUGAUUCAAUCCGUCACUACCAGCCAACCUGAAUAAAGUGGUUUAAGAAAA